GGAUUAUUAAAACUGUAGCACGCCUGUAGCCUGUCAAAAAGCAGGAAGUAUGUUGGAUGUUUGCAAUUGAUCUCGACUUUCCACAAAGUUAUCUUCUUUUACGCAUUAUUUGACAGCACGGACCGACUUUCUUGUUGACAUGCAGUGAAUGGUUCUAGGCAUGUUUACCAAGCUCCUGGGAAAGAGGAAGACCUUCAGAACUAAAGACCCCUCAUGCUGAUGAUCAGUCCAAGAAUGGCUUCUGGAAUGCAAGAGAAACAGUACACCCCGUCCUUAUUAAAUUUCUUCAUUUAUAACCCGAAGUUUGGGCCUCGUGAGGGAGAGGAGGAGAAGAAAAUUCUCUUCUACCACCCGAGUGAAUUAGAUAAAAAUGAGAAGAUCCGUAGCGUUGGACUCUGCGAAGCCAUUGUGCAAUUCACAAGAACGUUCUGCCCAACAAAGCCAGCAAAGUCUCUUCACACGCAGAAAAACAGACAAUUUUUCUAUGAACCCGAGGAGCAUUUUUGGAUGGUCAUGGUGGUGCGAAACCCUAUGAUCGAGAAACCCAACAAAGAUGGCAAGCCGCCCACUGUCGAGUAUCAGGAAGAGGAGAUCCUAGACUCUGUGUAUGGGGCAGUGUUACAGCAGUGCUACAGCAUGUACAAGCUGUUCAACGGUACAUUCGGCAGAUCAAUGGAGGCCGGUGGGGUUGAGGUGUUGACUCAGAAGCUUGAGAAGUUCUUCUACAGGUAUCUCCAGACGCUGCACCUGCAGUCCUGUGAUCUGCUGGACGUCUUUGGGGGUAUUAGCUUCUUCCCGCUGGACAAGAUGACGUACCUGAAGAUCCAGUCCUUCGUCAACAGGGUGGAACAGAGUCUGAGCCUGGUCAAAUACACAGCGUUCCUCUACAAUGACCAGCUCAUAUGGAGUGGGUUGGAGCAGGAUGACAUGAGGAUCCUGUAUAAGUACCUCACCACCUCUCUCUUCCCUCGUCACACCGAGCCAGAGCUCGCGGGCAGGGACUCUCCACUGAGACCAGAGGUGGCCGGCAAUCUGUUGCACUACGGGAGGUUUCUGACUGGGCCGGCCAGUCUGAAGGAUCCAGAUGCCAAAAUCAGGUUUCCAAGAAUAUUCGUCAACACGGAAGACAACUACGAAGAGCUUCAUUUGAUCGUGUACAAGGCAAUGAGUGCAGCUGUGUGUUUCAUGAUAAAUGCUGCUGAGGACCUGACGCGUGAGUUCUGUGAGCAGCUUGACAGUCUAGUGGGGCCACAGCUCACCCUGCUGGCCUCAGACAUCUGUGAGCAGUACAACCUCAAUCGCCGGAUAUCAGGGCCAGAAAAGGAGCCCCAGUUUAAGUUCAUCUACUUCAACCACAUGAACCUGGCUGAGAAGAGCACCAUCCACAUGCGCAAGACGGCCAGCGUCUCCCUGACCUCUGUUCACCCAGACCUCAUGAAGAUCCUAGGGGACAUCAACUGCGACUUUGCCCGGGUGGAUGAAGAUGAGGAGAUCAUUGUGAAGGCCAUGACAGACUACUGGGUGGUGGGCAAGAAGUCCGACCAGAGGGAACUCUACGUCAUUUUAAAUCAGAAGAACGCCAACUUAAUUGAAGUGAAUGAGGAGGUAAAGAGGCUGUGUGCAACACAAUUCAAUAAUAUUUUUUUCUUGGACUGAGAAGAUUUUUUUUUUUGCAAGAGAACACUGGACUGUUGCACCACACUAAGAACCUGUCUGCUGUUGAAAACUAAAGAC